AUGCCCAAAGUCUCAAGACCUCGCGAUGCAACGGAAAUUAUGGAUGCACCGACCCUUCAUCCCAGCUUUCUUAUCGAUAUCGGUCAUUCUGUCGGUCUCGGCAAUUCUAUCAACAAAAAACCCGAACAUGGUUCCCUCGCAAAUUUCUGGACCGCAUCCCAGCCUGCAAAUUCUUCCGGCACUCUGCUGAAGACGAACUCCCAAACUAAUAAUGCAAACUGCAUCUUCAACGCCUGUAGCGCCAACCGUUUCCCAAAGCAUCCGCGUGGACCUAGCCCAAAAGCCAGCUGUGGCCCCGCCAUUGAAUUAAAGGACCCAUCGGGCCGCAGCCAGCGUUCGGGGUCAAAGGUGUGGAUAUCUGAAUCAUCCCAGAGAGACGAAAGCGCUGCUUUUGAAGGAUUCGCGCCGGGGGAACGCACGCAGUGA